ACAUCAAGGGGUAGAGACCCCUGGUCAGCCUGAUUAUAGAAGAACAUCGGAUGAAAAACAGAAACCUGAUAAACAAAAUGACGAUGCUUUUGGGUAUGGUUGAAGAAAUUGGCAUGGUUGAAUGCUAUUCUGGGGGGAUAGUUUGUCGGCUUGGGCCAACUUGGGCUAUCUUGGGCUUUGGCAUGGUGACUGGUUGGGAGGGCAGUCCACUCCUGUGGCUUUCGGUUGAAACCAUGCAAUAGAUUGCAAUAGAUGCAUAUUAACAUACAUACACAUAUGGCGUAUGGGUGCAUAAUUAGAGGAAGACUGGUCGGUCCAAUAGGCUUUGGUUUGAUCUUGUCCAGGGGAUCUUGCAAACAAGCAUCAAGCUUAGAAUCGAUAUUGAAGCAGGACAGGAGGCCUGAAAAGAGUUGCAAGAUUGUGAAACGUGGCAACGAUCCUAAAUGAGUUUUGGCCAUCAUUUCUUGCGCCUGUCUUCACGACCGGAUGUAUAUAGCCCUUGCAUAGCCCUUGCUUGUGAGAUCCUGUGAGUAUCAUGGGCCCCACCAGUGCUUUUGGCUUCACAGCAGCCCCAGCCACCAUGGCCCUGCCUUGGCCUUUUGACCCCGUUGCAAAUGGGGUAGCUUUGGUCUGCUUGGAUGAGGUAGACGAGCAGAAGCUUUGCAAAGGCAUUGACAAUGUUGUGCGAGCAUCCAUGGCGCAGGAUGGCUACCCAGUAUCUCAGAGCUUGAUCGACUGGAUUUGGCAAGAGCCACUCAUCAAGACGCAGCAGAUCGAGAUGUUCCACCCAAAGUACUCACAAAUUGCGACCGUGAAUGGGGACAUUGUGGGGGCGAUUCUCGUCUCUAUGGAGUCCAGCCUCACCAUAGCUCGCAUUCGAAACUUGUGCGUGCUUCCGCCAUGGCGCACACAUGUCGGAUCCCUUCUGCUCCACGGCUUCUUCAAUCGCAUCAAGGGUGGAACGCAGAUUCACACUGUGUAUGGUGCGAUCUAUCCGGGGGUCGCUUGGUUGGAAAGCCUUGCUGGUGAUUUUGGAUUCACAGAGGGCCAGCGCAUGGGCGAGCAGGUGGUAUAUACCCGCAGAUGGGAGGCAACAGCUGCGGGAGAUGAGAGCAGUGAGCCGUUGGAAGUGACGUUGACACCUUUGACACGUGAGAACUUGCAGCACAUUCAGUCCUUAGAGGCAGAAGGGACGAAUGCAACAAGGGUGACCCAGGUCCUCACGUGAUCUUUUGCCCAGUGAGGUCACUAUAAUGUUUGGAUGCAAUGCACCUAAUUAAAUGUUGAUGUCAAAUCAUCCACGGACAAUUCGAAGACUGUUCCAAAGACCUGUCAACCGCUCAAUUGUUCAACUGCUCAAUUGUCUAGGCUGAGAGCCUCCCCCUCAAGUACAGUGCAGCCUUCUAUGAGAGGCAAGGCAUGUCAAAAGAUGUCAAUAUACAUGGUGUCUUCGUGAGUUAGGGCGUACGUGUACAUAGGUAUAGAGCUUUUGAAGCAAUUAGAUAGAGACGAUUUCCGGUGCGUGUUGUAUCGUUAUAUACUUUGGUCAGCUGUGUGGAACAAUAUAAACAUGUCAUGCUAUGUCAUGCUUGCUUUUUAAUUGUUGCUGUUGGACGCUCCCGGCUCCCGCCCUGUCUUUCUACCCAAGGCUGUUUGCAGAUCACAUGUUGGUGCGGUUGGCCAAGGUUGGCCAGGAAGUGGCGGGAAGCUUGAGUGCAGAAAGGAUUCAGUCCGAACGCUAUGGCGAUUUCGUCUACCUCAAGAACUUGUGCGUAAGGCCGACCUUUCGAAGGCAUCGCGUGGCCGAAUCGCUGGUGGCUUGGCUGCUGGAACACGUAAAGCAAAGUCACAACGCUCUUGUGGCCAUUUAUGCGCACACCGAAAUCUCCAACAAGCCCGUGCUUGCCAUGGCGACCAAGAUGAACUUCCGCAUCAUCGGGUUCGCGCCAGAUCAGUAUCAGAGGCCUGCAAAUCCUCAUGCCUAUGCCUUGUGCUGGUGCAAGCCAGGGAGGAACCACCCAUUGCCAUUGACUUUGUUGCGCACAUUCUUGGACAAUCGACCAGCAGGCAGUGUGAAUGCCAACAUUGAAAGUGAAAGGACUGCAAAACACAAUGGACCGGACAGCAAAAUCUUUUUCGAGGAUUGGGAAGUUGUCCCUGCUUAAGCAGGUCUCGCAGUGGAUUCUGUUGCAGAGGCAAAGCCCUUUGUUAAUGCUCGAAUCACGGCUGAUUGUGCUGAUUGAACUUGCCUAGUAGGCUGUGC